AUGGCGAAGGAGGUGGAGAUGUUGAUUGGGGUGAGCGGAAUCUACGUAUUCUACCUCCUCUACGGCAUCGUGCAAGAGCGCGUGACGACCACCCCGUUUGGGCCGAACGGAGAGCGCUUCGACUUCAUGUUCUUCCUGGUCUGCCUGCAGUGCAUCCUCAACGCCCUCUUUGCUCUCAUCGUGCUGGGAUUCAACCGGCUCUGGACCAAGCAAGCCCCCAAGGACAAGGUCCCCUUCACCGAGUAUGCGUGGAUCUCGCUUACGUACGUGCUGGCCAUGCUCUGCUCCAACAGCUCGCUCCAGUUCGUGGACUACCCGACCCAGGUGUUGGGCAAGUCCUGCAAACCGAUCCCGGUCAUGCUGAUGGGCGCACUCGUCUACGGAAGGUCCUACAACUGGCGCAAGUGGAUGUGCGUCCUGCUCAUCACUGCCGGCAUCGCCUUGUUCAUGUUCAAGAGCAAGGGAGGGGCUGUCGCGGAUGACGUGACUCCGUGGGGCGUCAUGUGGGGCUAUGCGCUCCUCCUGGCCUCCCUCGCCUUCGACGGUCUCACCGGACCCGCCCAGGAGCGACUCUACGAGGUACCCGCAUCAUGA